GAGGAGGUCUCCUUCUUCUUCCGAUUCAGCGACUGAGUCAGGCUAUUUGAAAAAAAUAAAUAAAUAAAUAAAAUUAAUUAAAUAAUAAAAUAACCGCACCAAACCUGGUGGUACGGGGCGGCUGAGGAAGAAAAAAAUAAAAACCUCACGCGGAUGUGUCUCCGAAAGCGCAGCGGAUACCGCCCUCCGGACCUGAUUAAUGCCAAGAUUGAGAGGUCCGAGGAAGAAGGGGGGAUGACAUGCAUGUGUCCAGCCUGCUAACAUCCCUGACGACUCGCACGCUAACAGACUGCCCACCCUCACGGCAUGGCGGAUGUACUGGGUGAGGCAUGUCGUCGCACAGAAUCAGCACCGGGGAAAGAGCAGACAUCACAAAAAGAGACAUCAGUUCGCUCUGUCAUUCAGUAAACCCUCGCUGGUCCAGGCUUGAGUCGUCUCUCUGUACACAGGUCCGAUUCCAGCCGAGCAGGAGGGCGGUGAGCUGGCCAUGGGCGGAGGUCGCAGCGAGACCUCAGCUCUGAGCGGGGCAGGAGAGGCCCGGGGUUUGACCACUACCCAGAAUUCCCAGCGGCCCAGUGCCUGCUGCUUCUGCUGGUGCUGCUGCUGCAGCUGUUCGUGGAGUGAAGAGGAGAGACGGAAGAGAAGGAGGAAGAGAAUAUCACAGGACACCAAGAUAGACACCAAACUUGAAACCUGUCCCAAGCCCUCGGUGGAGGAGAUCCGGAUGUGGUCUCAGUCAUUCGACAAGCUGAUGAGGAACCCCGCAGGUCGGAACGCUUUCCGGGAGUUCCUGCGGACCGAGUACAGCGAGGAGAACAUGUUGUUCUGGCUGGCCUGCGAAGACCUCAAACAAGAAAUCAACAAGAGUGCCAUAGAAGAAAAAGCUCGGUCCAUCUACGAAGACUAUAUUUCUAUAUUAUCGCCAAAAGAGGUUAGUCUGGAUGCCCGGGUUCGAGAGGUGAUCAACAGGAAGAUGCAGGACCCCACGCCUCACACGUUUGAAGACGCCCAGCUGCAGAUCUACACGCUGAUGCACAGGGACUCCUACCCACGAUUCCUCUCCUCCAAUAUUUACAAGACCCUGGUUCUGGGCAGGUCCCGCACCUCCUCAGAGUGCUAGUCCUCCCCCCCGAAGCCCUUCGUCCGCCUCCAUGCUGCCUCGUGUUCCCCGGACAGGAGCGUUUCACCUCCUCUGUCACAAACUCCUCUGUUCAAAUCACGUAUUCUUUGAAUCACUGCCAAGACGUCCUUUCCUUCUCUUCUCCACCAUCACCUUCCGGUCAUUUUCAGGCCUUGAAAAUUGAAAUUAAUUUGAAUAAAACAAAUGUUCUGCACAUCCAAGUGAAGGAAAGUAGACUCAGUUAACAUUUAUUGCCAGAAAUAUUCAAGUUCAAUGAUCCUCACUCGUGUUUACAGGUCAAGCCCAUCCAUGAAGGCAGAUUUAGUUUCUUCCUCUUUCUGUUCCUUUUUUUUUCUGCUCUCCACCUCAGCUGUAAGCAGCCGGAGAAGGACGUGUUCCUGGAUAUUUAAGUAUUUAUGAGUUAGGAUCUACUGUUAUGUGGAGAUGUACUUGACUACUUUGUGAGAGUCUGAUGCAUUUCAAGAGGAAAACCGUUCGUCUGUGCCAUGAACCUUUGGUGGAUUCGUCCUUCCUCAUACACUCCAGCCACCGUAACGAGCCAAUCAGAGGAGGACGUCCCAGACUUUCAACCUGCAGCCACCUCUUCCUGACGAAGGACGGAAAGCUGAAAGGAAAAGACGGAUGCUGAAUCAUUCCCCCGUUCUUUCUGUCGUUUUUCCUCCGUUCAACUGGAAUAACAGGGUGCUCGCUCCAUCUCCCGCUAAAACAAAAAACCCACAACGUUUUCUGGAUCAAUCGUUUCCCACCUGCCAUAAACAGACGGAUGAAGGAGGGACGACAUUCCUUCCAACUACUGAUUUACAAAAAGACGACGAGUCUAUUUUUUAAGAGAAAACUCUAUAUGAAACAAUUUUAUUAUAUAUAUAUUUUUUUUUUUUUUUUUCAUUUUAUUUCUCCUACUGAAUCCCUCACCUGAAUGAUGAUAUUUUUUGCAAGCGGAGGAGAGUUCCUCUGAAACUGUACUGAUCUCCACCCAACACACACACACACACACACCACAGCAAUAAAACACUGGAGUCCAGACAACAGUCACACACUGAUCAUAUUUGAGUCACUCUGCGUACAGGGAUUGUUCAGAAAUCAUGAGUUAAUUCGCUAAAUAAUUCCCAGUGAUGAAGAAAACCCCGAGGAGUUAAAGAGGAGAAAAACAGAAGUCUGCUCUGAGCGUUUCCUGUUUCCCUCUCAGGGACGGUCAGUCUCUAAACUCAGGUUUUCCUGCUGGAGCUGUGAGUGUGUUACCGUUGAAAUGGAAGCGAAGGCAGCAGAUGAUCGCUUGACUCAUAUUCCUCACAAGACCAAAACCAACUUCCUGAACGGUUUUCAGGAACAGCAGAGUUUAGUUUGAAGCUGGCAGCAAAACGGUCUGGUUUUUAAAGAAAGCCUGUUUUUAAGCUUUAUUGAUUAAUUCAUCCCAUAUAUGAUCAAAAGUUUGAUCAUAUGAUUAGUGUUGACAUAAUCUCUUCUUGUGUUUUAUUUUUUAUGAAUCUUAACUUUGCACAUUAACUAUUGAGCUUUUCAGUCCAUCUAAUACACAUGAAAAAAUUAGACACGGAGCAGAGGUGUCCAAAGUGCGGCCCGAGGCCAUAUGUGGCCCCUGGGAUGAUUUGGUGUGGCCCCCAAAUAUAAUUCAAAAAUUACAUUAGUUUGGCUGCUAACUUGUGUAGGUGGUUGAUGCAAAUUGAGACUUUUUGCUUUGAAUUAGGGCAAAAUCAUUAGAAACAAAUUAAAAUCUUCCAAUGUGGGAAAAUGUUUGAUGAAAUAGAAAGUAUUCAUCUUUUUACAACCAUGCUUUUUGCAACCUCUUUGACUUUAUAGGAAAUAGGAACACAUUUAUGUAGUGACUUGGUUCCCUAAAAUCUGCUUUUAAUUGAUUAAACUUAUCAAUUAAUAUGGCAAAAUUUGAUCUAAGACUAAAAUCAUUUUUUGUCCCAGUGAAGCUGAAAAAAUGUACAAAUUGGAAGUUUUCUUUAAUUAUUGUAGGUUUAGGUUAUUGUUGAGCAAGAAAAAAGGUCAUAAAAUAAUUUUAAAUUGUUUUAAAAAUUCUAUAUUUUUUUGACUCAAGUGAUUUUGGUCAAUGUGACAAAACAUUUGGACGCCCCUGACAUGGAGGCUAAAUCUAUGUGCAGCCUGAUAUUAUGGCAGGUUUGUGAUAUAAAAAUGAUGUGCUUAUUUAGUGUUGCAGUGUCUAAUGAAAACAACUUAAAGUCUAAUUUCUUUCCAAACCUGGUCUCAUAAUUCAGUAUGGUGGCCUCAAGAAAUAACAUCUUCCUGUCUCAAUUUAGUUGCAUUUAUAUUAAAGAAAAAUUUGUUUUGUGUUUUUUUUCUUCUGUCAAGCAGAUGCUAGGUUAAGUAGAUUGUAGUUAUGAGUGCAAUUUGUCAAAAAAAUUAAAUAACUCCAACUGUUAGAUGGCAGAAAGGUUCUGACAGUACAAUCCUCAGUGUGUAUAGAAGAAGCAUCAAGAGGCAUUACUGGGACACACACCAGUUUGGUUCAGACUGGGAAGGUUUCAGGCUAAUUAGCUGCAGAAAUCCACAUCUUUUCUGUGUCUUUUCUAGAAAAGUGGCCAGUUUAUUGUGCAACCUUUGGUGGAUAACAUUACUGCAGCCUAAAAAUCUCACAGAUGUGAACAAAAACCCUCAUGUAGAUCUAAUUAGCCAAAAACAAACAAGGAUGAUUAAAUGUUCUGCAUUUUAAAAAUCCCCCAAAAAUCAAAACAUACCUUCAGAACAGUCCCAGUAAGCAUAGUAAUUCAAAUAUUUAUACACACCUCCACACAUUCAUACGCACACACACACCAGGGUGGCCUACCUGGGCACUGCUGCUGCUGACCUCUGUAACCUCUCACCUUUGACCACGCCACUGUCUGAUGCCCACUUGCACGCCUGCUCCUGAUUGGCUGCAGGCGGGCUGAUCUGUGGUUGGUCAGUUCAGAAAGAGGGGUGGGAGAAAAAAUCCCAGGUGCAAAAAAAAAAAAAAAUUUCAUGAAAAAGAGCUGAUAAAAAAACAUACAGAGAUGAAAACAAGGUAACUAUUGUAUGAGAUGGUAUGCAUAACCCCGGUGCUUCUUGGGAAAUGUAGUGUGAGGAGAACAAACGUUUGUAGGUGCCUGUAACGGCAGACGGACCAUUUAAAUAUUAAAAAAGAGAGCUACCUGAGUCUUUUACCAGGUUGGUCACUCAGAAUGCAUUUACCUUAGUAUUGUUAAUGUUAUUUAUUUUAUAUUUUGUUAAAACUGUGAUUUAAUUGUACAGAUAUAAAUGGAAACCCUUGAGCA